CACUCUUCCUGUCCUGGGCCCAGUCUCGGCCCAGCGGACUGAGGCUGAUAAGAACUCUGUAGCUAGUCCUCUCACACACCAGCCUGGCCUGACAGAGCCAUCGGCGCCAUGAAGGACGAGGUGGCUCUUCUGGCCACUGUCACCCUCCUGGGAGUCCUGCUGCAAGCCUACUUCUCCCUGCAGGUGAUCUCGGCGCGCAGGGCUUUCCGCGUGUCGCCGCCGCUCACCACCGGCCCGCCGGAAUUCGAGCGUGUCUACCGAGCCCAAGUAAACUGCAGCGAGUACUUCCCUCUGCUCCUCGCCACGCUCUGGGUCGCCGGCAUCUACUUUCACGAAGGUGCAGCGGCACUGUGUGGCCUCAUCUACUUGUACGCACGCCUCCGCUACUUUCAGGGCUACGCCCGCUCUGCGCAGCAAAGGCUGGCCCCGAUGUACGCAAGCGCGUGCGCCCUCUGGCUUCUCUUGGCGCUGGCUGCUCUCGGCCUGCUUGCCCACUUCCUUCCUGCUGCGCUGCGCACGGAGUUCCAGAAACUACUGCCAAGGGCCUGAGAGAGGGGACGCCGGGCGGGCGGAAAUGAAGUAGAGCUGGAGUCUCCUGGAAGACGGAGGAGGGUGCUCGCCCUGAUCCUAGUCUCAUUAAAGUGCUCCUAACCGAA